CUGUAGGUACAAAAAAUACCAAAAUAUUUGCAAAGUCACAGUGAAAUCUUCAAUUUAACAUCAAAAUAAUUAAAACUUAAUUACAUGAAAUCAUUAUUUGAAAUAACACAGAUUAAGGAGAAUCUGUGUUGAAAAGACAGUAAUGUCUAACUAAAUAUUUUAGGUUAGAUAAUGAUUACAAGAACUAUAUUUUAUUUAGCAGUAACUUAUAAAGCAGGAAAAAAUUAAUCCUACAUGUUUGAUUAUAUUACCUAGGAACAAUUCUUAGCAUGUCUUUAGAACAAUCAAACUGUGAUGAUCUCAAAGCUUUUGAAAGGCGACUUACUGAAGUAAUAGCAUGUUUACAUCCUUCAACAACUAGAUGGAGAAUUGUUUUGAUAGUGGUAUCAGCUUGUGUAGCAGUAGGAGCUGGUCAGUGGUUAAUGGAUCCUGAAACAAGAGUGGUGCCAUUUUCUCAUUCAUUAACGAAUCAUCCUUUCUUCAUAGUAGCUACUUUAAUGUUCCUUAUUAUUGUACUAUUGGGAGUACAAAAGAGAGUUGUUGCAGCCUCUAUAAUAACGUCCAGAACUAGAGAGGUUUUAAGUGACUUUAAUAUGUCUUGUGAUGAUACAGGAAAAUUGAUUCUUAGGCCUAGACCUACAAAUUUUACUUGAUUUCAUGAAAUUCUUGUGUGAUUUAUGCAUGUUUUAGUGAAAUAAAUAUAUUUUAAUUUAC